AUGGUCCGCAAUAUUGUUCUCUUGGGAGGAAACUCCCACCCGAAGCUCACAGAAAAUGUCUGCAACAUCCUGGGUAUUCCGCCCUGCGACCGUAUCCUUUCCAAGUUCUCUGGCGGAGAGAGCCGAUGCGAGAUCAAGGACUCAGUCCGAGGCAAGGAUGUGUACAUCCUCCAGUCCGGCUCUGGAAGUGUCAAUGACAAUCUCAUUGAACUUUGCAUCAUGAUCUCCGCUUGCAAAAUCGGUUCUGCCAAGCGAGUCACUGCAGUUGUUCCCUUGUUUCCCUACUCUCGCCAGCCUGACUGGCCCUACAACAAAGCCGGUGCUCCCCUGUCCAAGUCCAUCGACACCUCAUCAAAGAAGGAUUACACUUUCGAAAGCGUUCCUGCUACUCCUCGUCCGGGUGGCCCUCGCAGUAGCGGCCUCACCAACGGUGUGAAUGGGCUCGCCGAGAAACUUUCUAAGACGAACGUGACCGAUAGAAACGGGGACUAUUUCCCAAAGAGAUCGGAUACCAUUUCCAGCCUGAGUUCUAACGUAAGUGGAGGUGCAAACCCAGACCGCGCCCUAACCUCACAGCCCAGCUUCACGACGCACGACUACGAAAAGCCCACGAACAAGAAUGUCUUCCAGCCCAAGCCUGGCUACAAGCAGUGGGUUGCUCUCGCCGGCACCCUCGUCGCCGACUUGCUCACGUGUGCUGGCGCCGAUCACAUCAUCACAAUGGAUCUCCACGAUCCUCAGUACCAAGGGUUCUUCGACAUCCCAGUCGACAAUCUCUACGGCAAGCCUCUGAUUCAAAACUAUAUCCAGCGCAACAUUCCUGGCUGGCGCGAUGCCGUUGUCGUCUCCCCCGACGCCGGUGGCGCAAAGCGAGCCACCCUCAUUCGUGACAGCCUCGAUAUCGACUUUGCCCUCAUUCAUAAGGAACGACGCCCCAUCAAGUUUAAUGAGCACCGCAACGCCAGUAUGAUGCUCGUCGGUGACGUUGCCAACCGUAUAUGUAUCCUGGUGGAUGACUUGAUCGACACCGGAAACACCAUCACUCGUGCCGCCAAGCUGCUGAAACGCGAAGGCGCCACGAAGGUGUAUGCUCUCGUAACUCAUGGUGCUUUCAGCGGGGAUGCCGUUUCUCGCAUCAAUGCCUCGGCCCUGGACAAGAUUGUCGUCACCAACUCCGUCCCACAGGAGGAGAACAUGCGUGCCUGCCCCAAGCUGGAGGUCCUCGACAUCUCACCGGUAUUUGCUGAAGCUAUCCGACGCGUUCACCACGGCGAGUCUAUCAGCGUGCUUUUCCAGUACAGCUAG